AUGCGUGGAGAUCUCUGGCUGAUCGGAGCGAAUGUUUCCAGGGUCAGUAACGCGAUAUCAAAGCGAAAUCACGGCGCGAACAAGGCAAAAUCCAUGUUCAUAUCAGACGUCGGACGACCUCUGCGAUACUAUGUCCAGAUAAUGGUGACAAACGGCACGAUGACAUCCGUCGUUUCGGCCCAUACAAUCGUCGCCAGGAGGCCAUCGCGGCUCGCGUUCGCUGCCAGCCACACAUCUGUUACUAUUAAAAUCGCUUUGGAUCAUCCGCAAAUCACGCAUCCCUCUUCAUUCUCGUGGCCGAUAAAGAAACUUUCGACUCGCAGUUUUUCGCACAUUGCGAAUGGAGUCGCAAACUCGCAAAAACUUCUGAUUUACAUCUUCUGGACUAUUGCGCCCAUCGUCUGGGUGAAUCGUGCUAGGAUUCCUUCACGGUUAACUUCCUAUCAAGGACGCUAUUUUGAAGAAAACUUUUUCAUCUCCGUUGUGGAACUACUAUUUCUAGAUACCAGCCCUUAUAGAGGGCGUCCAUUGUGA